ACCAUUUCAUUUGUGAAGGUUUCGAGUCGCAGAGAGAGAGAGGAGCAGCAGUGCAAAUGACCUCAUUAACUACCAAGGAAGGUGAACAGAGCUCUGUUAAAAGAGUAGCUGUUGUUGGUGCUGGUGUAAGCGGGCUUGCUGCAGCCUACAAACUGAAAUCACACGGUUUCGACGUCACGGUAUUUGAAGCUGAGGGAAGAGCUGGAGGGAAGCUGAGAAGUGUUUCACAUGAUGGUCUGAUUUGGGAUGAAGGAGCAAAUACAAUGACUCAGAGUGAAAAGGAGGUCCAGACUUUGCUUGAUUGUCUUGGAAUUCGAGAAAAGCAACAAUUUCCAAUUUCACAAAACAAGCGUUAUAUUGUGAGGAAUGGAUCACCUGUGCUGAUACCUACCAAUCCAAUCGCUCUGAUCAAGAGCAAUUUUCUUUCAGCGCAAUCAAAGCUGCAAAUUAUUCUAGAGCCAUAUUUGUGGAAGGACAAAAGAGUUUCUAAUGAUCACACCGAAGAAAGUGUGGGUGGGUUUUUUCAGCGUCAUUUUGGGGAAGAGGUUGUUGAUUAUCUCAUUGACCCCUUUGUUGCUGGAACAAGUGCUGGAGAUCCCGAAUCUCUUUCUAUGCGCCAUUCUUUUCCAGAUAUAUGGAAUAUAGAGAAAAGGUUUGGUUCUGUUAUAUCUGGGGCAAUUAAAUCAAAAUUAUCUGCCAGCAAGGGAAAAAGUGGAGAAACAAAGGGUUCCGUAGAAAAAGGGAAGCGUCAGCGUGGUUCAUUUUCAUUUCAUGGUGGAAUGCAGACACUCACUGAUAUCUUGUGCAACCAGCUUGAAAAAGAUAAGCUUAAACUGAACUCAAAGGUUUUGUCACUAUCUUACCGUCAGGGUGGGAACUCUGCAUUAGAAAAUUGGUCAGUUUCCCGUGUUGCUGACGAUGACAAGCAUUCACAAUGUUUAUCUGUAGAUGCUGUAAUCAUGACGGCUCCGCUAUGCAAUGUCAAAGAAAUGAAGAUCACGAAAAGAGGAACCCGCUUCCCUCUUGAUUUUAUUCCUGAGGUGGUUUAUAUGCCAUUAUCAGUGAUCAUAACCACCUUCAAGAAGGAAAAUGUUAAGAGACCCCUUGAGGGGUUUGGAGUUCUUGUUCCCUCUAAAGAGCAGAAAAACGGCUUAAAAACUCUUGGUACUCUCUUUUCCUCCAUGAUGUUUCCUGAUCGUGCACCCAGUGACCUAUAUCUUUAUACUACCUUUGUUGGGGGAAGUCGAAACAAGGAACUAGCAAAAGCUUCAACGGAUGAAUUGAAGCAAAUUGUUACCUCUGACAUUAGGCACUUGUUAGGAGCAGAAGGCGAGCCGACAUUUGUGAACCAUUUCUACUGGAGCAAAGCAUUUCCAUUGUAUGGGCGUGACUAUGAUUCAGUUAUAGAAGCAAUUGAGAAUAUGGAGAAAAAUCUUCCUGGGUUCUUCUAUGCAGGUAACCAUAGGGGUGGACUGUCGGUUGGUAAAUCAAUAGCUUCUGGAUGCAAAGCAGCUGAGCUUGUAAUCUCCUAUCUGGAAUCUCCUUCAGAUGAGAAGACACGUCACGAAGGAUGAUCGUUUUGGAAAUGAGAAGUAUAUCCUCGUACGGAGACGUCUUAGAUUUUGUGUGUUUGAUGUUUUCUCAGUAGAUAUCCAUUGCACGCUGAUUUCUGGAGGGCCUAUAUGUGGUCCUUGUGCAGUGACAGUGGCUUACAAUUGUGGUCCAACGUGAGAGGGGCAAUUUGUUUUAGAAGUUAGAAGAGAGAGCUUGAACAUCCAGUUGAUUUUUGCUCUUAAUAAGGCCAAUGUGGUUAAGCUUGAACAUCCAGUUGAUUAUUGCUCUUAAUAAGGCCAAUGUGGUUCCCUUCCCACAAAUUUGAAGGAGCUA